AGUGAUAAAAUCCGAGAGAGGGGGUGCGUCGACAUCCAGGUGAAUCCAAGUAAUAAAUUGCAGGUUUCUCUUUUUAAAUAUUUUUGUUGAGAUCUUUUCCAAUUGCCCAAUUUCUCUUUUCGAAAGGGUUUUCUUAUAUUUGGGGGAAGACGGAAUUAUUAGGGUUUAGGUUAUUUUGAUUGGUAAAGAAGAAGGAAGGAAGAUGCAGCAGUCUCCUCAAAUGUUUCCGAUGGUUCCUUCCAUUCCUCCUACUAACAACAUCACUACCGAACAGAUCCAAAAGUACCUUGAUGAAAACAAGAAGCUGAUAAUGGCGAUCAUGGAAAACCAGAAUCUCGGAAAACUUGCAGAAUGUGCCCAGUACCAGGCUCUUCUCCAGAAGAACUUGAUGUAUCUUGCUGCAAUUGCUGAUGCUCAACCCCCACCACCUACACCAGGAGCUGCACCAACACCAGCUAUGGCUUCCCAGAUGACAACACCGCAUCCUGGGAUGCAACCACCAAGCUACUUCAUGCAGCAUCCACAAGCUCCAGGAAUGGGUCAACAAGCGUCACCCGCAGGGAUUUUCCCUCCAAGAGGUCCUUUACAGUUUGGUAGCCCACACCAUCUUCAAGAUCCGCAACAGCAGCAGAUUAUGCAGGGGCACAUGGGGAUUAGACCAAUGGGAAUGAACAACAACGGGAUGCAGCAUGCGAUGCAACAACCAGAAACCAGUCUUGGAGGAAGCGUGGGACUUAGAGGUGGCAAGCAAGAUGGAGCAGAUGGACAAGGAAAAGAUGAUGGCAAGUAAAAGGAACCAAAGAAGCUUUGUUUUUGUUGAUAUUUAGGACUUCUGCGUCUCACGAGGGUUUUGCAAUAGCUUAUUUAAGUUUUAACAGAAGAUAGUCUGUUGAAUAGUUCCACAAACUGUGUUGUAAUGUAUUGUUAUCUAGUAGUACAAGCACGUAUUGGUUUAGAAA